AAAGAUGGCUCGACAACUUAUGAAUACCACGCUAUUCCUGACGACCUUUUUCUACCUCGUAAUAAUCUCGUCAUCUCUUAAACCAGCUUCAUCUCACAGAAGAUUAAGGAAACGAGGCAUUAAAGAUGGUGACUACAUGGUUUCACAUUGGGGAAUAUGGGGGCCAUGGUCUUCAUGUUCCCGGUCGUGUGGGGGCGGUGUUGCAGAACAAACUCGACACUGUCUGAGGAGGCGAAUGGGUACCAUGGUGCUUACAGGCGCCAACCAAUGUGUCGGUCUUUAUAAACAGUACAAAUUGUGCAAUACAAAGCCUUGUUCAGAAGAAAGUACUGAUUUUAGAACAGAGCAGUGUGAGAAAUAUAACCAUGAACCUUUUAUGGGAAACAUGUAUCAAUGGGAAACUUUCAUCAAAGCAUCUGCCCCAUGUGAGUUGAAUUGCCGUGCUAAAGGUCACCGUUUCUAUGUCAAGCUGGCAGAAAAAGUAGUUGAUGGGACUACAUGUGGGAUUGUCUCAGACAGAGCUAUUUGUGUGGAUGGCAUGUGUAAGGUAAGCCUCUUUUUCAGCAUAAAUUUUGUGGGAAAAAAUUAAAAUCAUAGGUCAGAAUGGUAAACAUUUCACUUUAAGAGCAAAUGAAAUGAUAUUUCAGAAUUGAUUUCAGUCACUGUAGUAUAUCUGAACCCUGUUAGAGCAAGUUUUGUGUAAUGAAACACUUGGAAUGAGUUCAUAUACAUGUAGGUCUAGUUUCAUAACAAGUUUUUCGAAACAUGACCCAGUUACCUGGAGUGUUGGGAGACUUCAUAUAGCCUUCAAGUUAGAACGAGAUCUAGGCCUGGCACGAGUACCUGUCGACUCAAGAAGA